AUGUACGCUACGCAGCUUCGCUCCAAGGACGAGAUCAUCGCCAUUCGCGCCGCUGAGCUAGAAUACGCUAAGCGCGUGCUGCUUGCGCAAGAAACAGUUAAGGCUGUACGCGAGGAGUUGGCCGCUUGCUACCGCGAAAACGGCGUGAAUCACAAGAUAGCCUGCAAGAGCUUACGUGAAGAGUACGCCAAACUCAUUCAAGACCCCACGCAUGGUGCUGGUUACCCGACGCGACCAGUUUUCUAG